UCCGUGUUUUGCCGGGUGCUGUGGAGCGGUGACUGGGCUAUGAGCCGUGUGUGUCUCGUCCCUGGAUUUCUAGUUUCCUCCGUUGACAGAAACACAGAGGCGCUGUAUCUAGUAGGGGGUCUAGGGCACAAGUUAUAUUAACAGAGAGCUCAAGGUGCUGCUUCAUGUAGCGGAACGACGUCGGGCUGUUUUACUCAAGGCGGAAUCUUGUUCAGAGAGAGAGGACAGGACGAGAGAGAGAGAGAUUCUGCUAUGAGCUGAAUGGAUUGAAAUAAUAAGUUAAUUGUGAUUUUCGGCUGAUAAACAUUUGACAUUCUGCAGCGAGCAGGGAGAAAGUAAAAAUCACGGACGGAAGAGGGAGCAUUGCAGACCCUAGUUUCACCGCGCGGAUUGACCAGCCGUUCGGGUCGUCUAUAACGGAUUUAUUUCACUUACACGGAUUUAUUACCGAUGACUACAAUGUGGAGAGUACGACUGGUGUGUUGCACUUUAUCGAUGCUGUCCCUGUCAUGUGGAGGAGAUAUUAAAGCGAAAACCUGCAGUGAUGUUAGACAAGCAUAUACCGCCAAAGGGUUCAGUCUUGUCAAUGUACCUCAUCAAGAAAUGUCAGGUGAACACCUGCGUGUGUGUCCUCAGGGCUACACCUGUUGUACGUCCGACAUGGAGGAGAAACUGGGGCAGCAGAGCAAGCUGGAGUUUGAGAACCUGGUGGAGGACACCAGUCAAUCACUCAGGACAACCUUGGUGUCCAGACAUCAACAGUUUGACGAGUUCUUCCUGGAGCUCCUCGACAACGGUGAGAAAUCCCUGAAUAACAUGUUCACGCGGACCUACGGGAAGCUGUACAUGCAGAACAGUGAGCUGUUCCAGGACCUGUUCACGGAGCUGAAGCGUUACUACACUGGGGGGAACGUCAACCUGGAGGAGAUGCUGAAUGACUUCUGGUCCCGUCUGCUAGAGAGGAUGUUUCAGCUGCUGAACUCUCAGUACCACUUCACCGACGACUACUUGGAGUGCGUCAGUAAAUACACUGACCAGCUGAAGCCUUUCGGUGACGUGCCCCGGAAACUAAAGGCCCAGGUCACGAGGGCCUUCAUCGCUGCAAGGACCUUCGUCCAGGGCCUCAUGGUGGGCAGGGAGGUGGCUAACAGGGUGGCUAAGGUACGUUACUCAAUUUAUGGUCUUCUCACCCUAAUCCUAACUCUGACCCUAACUCUGACCCUGACCCUAACUCUGACCCUAACUCUGACAUUAACCCUGACCCUAACUCUGACAUUAACCCUGACCCUAACUCUGACAUUAACCCUGACCCUAACUCUGACCCUAACUCUGACCCUGACAUUAACUCUGACCCUAACUAUGACCCUAACUCUGACCCUGACCCUAACUCUGACCCUGACCCUAACUCUGACCCUAACUCUGACAAUAACUCUGACUCUGACCCUAACUCUGACAAUAACUCUGACCUGA